AUGAAGUUCACCGCUGUUACACUCCUCACUCUCGCUGCGGGUGCCUUGGCGGCCCCGGUUGCUGAAGCUGCCCCCGAAGCUGAAGCUGCACCAGGAUAUGCUACCUACGGCGACUACAAGGGCGCAGGUGAGAACCUGAAGUCUUAUCCUAGCUACGGAAGCUAUGGUGCGAAGCCAAAGCCAAAGCCUAAGCCUGCUCCGGCCCCUGCUCCUAAGAAGUAUACCAAUUAUGGAAGCUACGACUACAAGAAAUAUGGCUCCUAUGGCUCUUAUAAGCGUGAGGAGGUUGAAAAGCGUGAGGCUGCUCCUGAAGCUGCUCCCGAAGCUGCCCCUGAAGCUGAAGCCGCUCCUGGAUAUGCUACCUACGGCGACUACAAGGGCGCAGGUGAGAACCUGAAGUCUUAUCCUAGCUACGGAAGCUAUGGUGCGAAGCCCAAGCCUAAGCCAAAGCCCGCUCCGGCUCCUAAGAAAUAUACCAACUAUGGAUCUUACAACUACAAGAAGUACGGCUCUUACGGCGCUUACAAGCGCGCCAAGGAGUUCAUCGGUUCUCUCUUCUAA